CUUAGCUGCGGCAUGAUGCUAAUGAAGAGGGCAUGGUGCUAAUGAGGGCUCUUCUGUGUAAAAUAUUGUCCUGUGGCAUGUCUGGGCGGGCAAGUGGAACAGAAUCCCAUUUUGUGAAAGACUUAAUUGAGCUGGGAGAAGUGAACAUCUUGCUCAAGGCCACAGAGAGAGGAAGUGACAGACUCUGAAUUUGAACUUGGGAUAUCUGACUCCAGAGGCCAAACUUAGCAAUGUGGAUAUGUUUCCUUAUGCACGAAUUUGGGUCAAACUUUACCUAGGACUGAUUCCUUUCUUCUAGUCCUGAACUCUUCCUUUCUUCUGCCAAUCAGGAAGGAAAUCUCUGAGACCUCUAUGGCUCUGGAAUUUGAUAGGCUAUUUUGAGGCUUGCACUCUCAGUUGAACCCUUAUUUUUCUUUAUUUAGCUAAUGUUCAUCUUGAAUUCCCUGGUCAAGGGAACAAAUUGUGGGGCAUGGGGGACAUUUGUGGAAAUCAGGGCAGUGCCCGUUUAUGAUCCAGUACUAAAUUAUCUUAUUGUUUUACCCACCAGCAUGGCUAUAAUUGUCUGGGUGAGGUCAAUCAUAUUCAGGUCAAGAGACUUGGAGCCAGGGUUGGGUGACAUGUUGGGGUACACGGGGUGCUGGAGACCCUCCCCACACUGACGCUGCCCCUCUCUCCUCUUAGCCGGCUCCAGUGCCCAGACCCAAGCCCCUCACUGCUCAAUGGACACCCCCAGCCCAGACCCGUUGCCUUCGACUUUGACUGGGGAGGAAGAGAAACCUCUGGCCUUACUUCCUCCCGUUCCCCGGGGCCGCAGAGGCAGACCUCCCGGGGGAGCCGCCUCCUCAAAUCGGACCCUCAAGGCCUCCUUCCCUCGCAAGCGGGGCCGCCCCCCCAAGUCAGGGCAGGAGCCCCCGCUGGCGCAGGAGCUGACCUCACAGGUGGGCAGUGGUGGUGGCAGCGACCUCCUGUUGAUCGAUGAUCAGGGUGUACCCUAUACAGUCUCAGAAAGGUCGGCUGCAGGUGGGCCCCAGGGCUCUGUCUCCAGAAGGGCCCCGCACUUCUGCCCUGUGUGCCUGCGCGCCUUCCCCUACCUCUCCGACCUGGAGCGCCACAGCAUCUCACACUCGGAGCUGAAGCCACAUGAGUGCAAGGAUUGCGGCAAGACCUUCAAGCGGUCCAGCCACCUGCGGCGGCACUGCAACAUCCAUGCGGGCCUGCGGCCCUUCUGCUGUCAGCUGUGCCCUCGCCGCUUCCGCGAGGCAGGCGAGCUGGCACAUCACCACCGCGUGCACUCCGGUGAGCGCCCAUACCAGUGCCCAGUGUGCUGGCUGCGCUUCACUGAGGCCAACACCCUGCGGCGCCAUUCCAAACGCAAGCACCCAGAGGCCUUGGGAAUGCCCCUGUGUCCCCCUGACCCAAGGCCCGAGACGCCGUGGGACGAAGAAGAAGGCAUCCCGGCCACAGCUGGGGUGUGUGAGGAGGGGCCUGAGGGGAAGGAGCCCGCCUGUCCUGCACCCUCGGCCUCUGCUUCCCGGUCCUGGCUUACAGCCAGGAGCUCAGCUGGCACCGGGCCCAGUGUUCAGCGGCUGCACCGCCCUGACAGAAGUGCGUGGGAUUCCAAAUAACCCCAUGUCACGUGCCUCGCUAGCAUGGCGCCAAAGAAUGGCUCAGAAGAAGCCUUUGCUCCUCUCCCAUUUCCACCGGACCCCAAAGUACUACCAAUAAAAAGCCAGACUAAGUAAAACAGUGAA